AUUUUCUACAAUACUUUCUUUUUUCAUGGUAACAUCUACUUUCCACUGAUUAUUUAUAGCUUUUCAUAUGUUUUACUUGCUAAAUGUUGUUUAAGGUUUGGGUGGAGCUUGGAGUAAGAACAAAAAGAGUAAAGAUAUUUCCUGAUUUGUGAGCAGAUUUGAUCGUGAUCUGUAAGAGAGAGAAGUGUUCCAUUGUUACUCCUUAUUAGAUUUGAGCUUUUACACUAAAGGUUUGGGUGGAGCUUGGACUAAGAACAAAAAGAGUAAAGAUAUUUCCUGAUUUGUGAGCAGAUUUGAUUGUGAUCUGUAAGAGAGAGAAGUGUUCCAUUGUUACUCCUUAUUAGAUUUGAGCUUUUACACUAAAGCUGCAGAACAUCUGAAUCUUCAGCAGAGCAGCGCUCCAAUAAAAUUGUUUUAAAAAGUCUACAUAAAGAACACGAGUGAAGAAAAACUUCAUCUCAGAGCAUCUGAAGUAAAUCCAAAAUAUCACAUAUUGACAUCAGAUCUGUGGAAAUGGAGAAAAGAACCAUCGUACUGCUGGGGAAGACUGGUGUUGGGAAGAGUGCAACAGGAAACACCAUCUUGAGGAGGAACAGAUUUGAGUCACGUCGAUCCGUAGAUUCUGUAACAAAGGAGUGUGCAUUUGAGGAGGCAGUAAUUCAUGGAAAGAGUGUACGUGUAGUUGAUACACCAGGAUUCUUUGAUACAGAAAUGUCAGAUAAGGAAUUAGCCAAAGAGCUAGCCAGGAGUUUUUAUCUUUCACAACAAGGGGUUCAUGCCUUCCUUUUGGUUAUUCCAUAUGGGACAUUUACAAAGCAGGAGGAAGAAAUCAUUACAAAGGUACAGAAGGUCUUUGGUAAGAAAGUGACUAAUCACAUGAUUAUACUUUUCACUAAAGCUGAUGGGGUGAAAAAUAGUGACAUAAAAAAUAGCUCUAAUGAACACCUGAAAAGAAGUUUACAAAAGUGUGGAGAUAGAUAUCUGAUGUUUGACAACACAGCACAAGACAGCACAACACAGGUUACUGAUCUUCUAGAAAUGAUAGAAAGAGUGGUAGAGCAUAACAGUGGAAAGAGCUACACCAACAAAGUGUACAAGGCAGCACAAAGAUUUGACUUCAAAACAUUCUGGAAAAAAUUUAAACGAUUUUUUCUCAAGCUAGCUGCUAAAUUAAAGAAAAAAGCUGAUGAGUUUUUUUAAGGGAUUUGGGAGCUUGGCUCAAGGGCAGAUGUCCGAUAUAAAUAUGUGUUGCUUAGGAGAUGAUGAGGAGAAGCAGCAUUUUUUGUAGGAAGUAGUUGUUGGUCUUGUAGUUGGAACAGUAGAUUGUGGUAUCAGGUGAUGUGCACCUGAGGGUUUAUCAAAAGUGAGACGUGCACUUCUGGGCAAAGAACUUGUUCAAUUUUAGUUAGUGUCAUUUAAGAAAAAAAAAUUCUGAAAAGAAAAAAUCAGCAUUACAUUACACUUAACUAUCAUGUUUAGACAUAUACCAGCUUUGAUUAAAUCAUUUACUUAACAUAAUGCCAUAAUAGUAACUACAUUUUAGCUGCUAAAAACAAGAUACUAUUUUUCAAUAACACAUUUUUCCUGUGUUCUGCUUUAGCCAGUAAAAAUAUUUCAGUAAUAAGGCAAGUUACAUGAAUGAUUUGGAAAAUGAUAAUUAAUUAAUGAACAUUAAUGACAUUUAGUGGGAAUAUUAAUCUUUGAGUUUAAAACAUCCCAAUCAUAUUUUUCAUAGUAAACAACAGUAAUAAAAUAAAUCCCUUUGAACAUUUUAGUCUGAAAUAGUUUGAGGUCAGUUAGAGCUGAAAAGGUUGAGGCUACAGAGGUUGAGGUGACGUUCAGUCAUUGUUUCCGGUGUUCAAUGGUUAUACUGUUCACUUACAAAAAGUAGAUUUGAGUACAAUCAAGUAAAUAUGGCAUGUUUAAAGAAGCAAAUCAACUAUAAGUGUUUGUGAUUCAGAUUUUGUUUUACAAUUGCUAUUUCUUUGAACAUGUUGCUAAUAAAAUUAUAUUGGCUGUG